CUUAACAAAGGCACAAGGGCUGCACGUUCUUGUGUCAUUGUAGUGACAGACAGCUAUAAUGUCUUUAUUUGACACAGAUGUGGCAUCUGACGUCGAGGGUUUGAGCUCGGGUACUACCACCGAUUGUGCAAUAUCAAGCAAUAUGUAUCACCACAACUGAAUAUGGCCCGCAAACUAUCUUUCAAAUUGAUCGACAAACAACCUGGACUUCAUGGAUCAGCAAGCAGAUUUGAGGGGACGCGUGAAGUUCGAUUGCAUCCUGUCAAACUCAGAGCGGUUGAUGGUGUGAUCAGGGGGCAAAAGUGGCGCUGCGGAGAAGCUGCCCUCGUCUUCAACAACAGUGAAGGGCCUCUUCAUACCCUUUGUGCAUGGGUGCAAGCUCCUAGCGCGAUUGUUUGCCCUCUGAAGCUCCCGCUUCUUGAGUAGUCGGAGGUCGCUCUUGGAACAACUAGAAAGAAUAGUGGCUUAAGCAAUGAGAGGGCUGUUUCUCUGGGUUCAAUAACACGUAGAAAACUAGCAAAGGCAUUUCCCCUCCCACAAUGGACCCGCGACCUGGUGACGACGAUGACAUGUUUCAGGAGGCGGCGUUUCCCCAGGACCUCGGCCCGCCCCAGGAGUUUGAGAACGAGUCGUCCGACAGCGAGGAUGCCUUCCCGAAAGAGCUUCUGGAAAAGGAGCUCGGAUUUGAUGAGGCAGACAGCGGCGAUUUGGGGGAGGAAGAAGGGGACUGCAUCCCUGAACCAAAAGAGGUGCUCCCGAAGGAGCCCCUCGCCCCACUCAAGUCAGAAAAUGCAGCUGGUGUAGAAAAGUGCGGUCCUGACGAAGGCCCCCAAGAACCGGGUGUCUUAGAAGAGCCGGAGGAUUGCCCAGGCCCCUCUAAGCCCACAGACUCAGGGUCUAUGGGCAACUUUUUCAGGGAGGGGAAGCUGUUUGCGGGGGGCCGGGCGGGCAGCCCUCAGCAGGGGGCGUGCCUUGACGACCUCAGCGAGGACUUGCUGAUCAAGAUUUUCAGCAUGGCCGAUUUGUCUGUACGCGAGCUUUGCACCUACUCGACCGUCUGCCGGAAGUUUAAGCGGGUCUGCUACGGGGCGAAUCUGUGGGAGCGGGUGACGUUAGGACGGGAGGUCAACAAUUGCACCCUGCACAAGAUCGCCAAGCGGUGCUCCUCGCUCACGGAGCUGCGAAUUGAGAAGGUGCAGAAGAUUCAUGGUUUGCGAUCGGUGUUCCGCGCGUGCGGGCAGAGCCUGAAGAAGCUCAAGAUAUCGUGGGAGAGCAACAGCGGCUCUGGUUUUGCAUUUCUGGUUCUGUGGAUGGUCAGCCGCGACUGCCGCGAGCUCGACUGUGUGGAGCUGACGUCGAGCGCGCGCUCCGCCUACAGCAUGGGCCUUGAGUACGGCCCCAUUUGGUGCCUCACCGUUGGCUGCCCCUCCAUGCGGACCUUCAUCGACUUCUGCGGCCGCUCGACGACCGAUAACACGCUCAACUUAAUCGGGCGCGCGUGGAAGGACCUCACGACACUUGCGAUCCAUGGGGUCAUGUUCACGAUGCGGGGGCUUAUCCAACUCCGGGGAUGCACCAAACUGCAAAGUUUGGAGGUUUGUGACGGGAAGCUGGGUUUGAUCGGGGACGCGCUCGAGCCACGGCAGCCGGGGUUCAUGUUGCACGACACGCUGGAAAGGAUAACAUUCAACCGGACGCCGCUGUCGACGGACGAAGUCAAAUUGCUACUGCGGGCGUGCCCUGCGCUGAAGCGCGUCGAAGUGAAGGGGCUGAGUAACGCCAUUACGGGCGUGGGCGAGGAGGCGCAGGUGGAGUUGCGCGCGGUGAAGAAGCGGAUUGCAGACUUUGGGGCGUUGAACGUGCUACCGGCGUUCAAGGCUCGGGGGCUGGUUGUGUAUGCAGAGUAGAGUAAAAUUAGGAUGGAGUUUGGCCAUGCGGAUAGUGUUAUUCGUCCAAGGGUGGUUUAUGCUUUACUCUUGGACGAUCUGUGAGCUGGGAGGUGCAUCAUAAGAUUGCAUCUGUGUUAGGCCAGCCUCCGAAGCUCCUGGGGUGACACCCUCCCUGUGGACGAGUGUUUGCAAGUAGAGUUCGUUCAUUCUAGUCAGUUUGCAGGGAGUUGACUAAGGAACUAACCAUUCCGCGGCAACAAAACUACUGUAUGCUCCCAUAAUCUGAGUUUUAGAUUGUCUACGGUGUCCGCGAC